AUGGCGUCCACCGGCUUUGCGGUGGACGACGGAUCUCGCAUCAUGCAGCAGUCGGUACACAUUCACACAUCGACCGACAGCGCAUCUGCUGCUGUAGCGCUCAGUGCAGUUCACUCCGACAUCACGUCGUUCUACAGCAUUGACAAGACGGCGGAGCACAUUCAAAAUCAUGGAUUCCGCCGUAUUGCGUUGCAAUUUCCCGAUUCGAUGCUUCCCGACUCGAUCCAAGUCCAGAAACAUCUCUGCACUGCUCUCGCUUCCCGUGGGUAUCCCAUCGAACGCAUUUUUGUCCUGGGUGACACUUCGUACGGGAGUUGCUGUGUCGACGAAGUGGCUGGGCACCAUUUGCUUGCUGAUUGCGUGGUCCAUUACGGCCGAGCAUGCUUGAGUCCAACGUCAUCCCUUCCAGUAAUUUACGUGUUUGGAAACGUUCCGAGCGAUGCGGCCGAGAUUGCCGCUGGGUUCACCACCGUCUUGGCCUCCGUCGAUGCUUCAGCGACCCACGUCCUGUUGUACGAACCAUGCUACGAGCAUCAGGCGGCCGCCGUUGCCGCAGCGUUGAGAUCGUCGUAUCCCCAUCUCGAUGUACUCUGCAGCACGAUGAGGACCAUUUACCACCCAGAUACGCUGGCUGCGGAGGGCGAGCCUUUCACAUUUAUUGGAGGGCUGACGAUUCCUCUGUCGCCGUCUCGGACGUUUAGCCCGUCCACGGUUCUGCUGUACGUGGGCACGGAGUCCCCGCACUUGACCAACAUCCUCCUGCGUGCUGGAGACACUGUGUGCGUAUCGUACGACCCACAGACCAAGGUAGCGCGGCGAGAAGGCACGACCAUAAACCGCACCCUGAAUCGUCGUUAUUUCCUCGUGCAAAAAGCCAAGGAAGCUCAAAUCAUCGGCAUCCUCAUGGGAACGUUGGGUGUUGCCAACUGUCUCAACGUUGUUCAGAAGCUGCAGACCCUCAUUGCCAAGAGCGGCCGCAAAUCGUACACGUUUGUAGUGGGCAAAAUCAACGUGCCCAAGCUGUCCAAUUUUGCCGAAAUCGAUGUGUUCUGCCUCGUAGCAUGUGCCGAGAACUCGUUGUUGGACAACGCGGAGUUUUUCAAGCCGAUUGUGACACCGUACGAGCUCCAUUUGGCCCUCACCCAUGGCGACAGCGAGUGGUCGGGACAAUACAAAGCCGAUUUUCAGGAAGUAUUGCCGUCGCUCGUCGCAGCAGCCGACGAUAUGGAGGAUGAAGGUUCGCCCGAUGAGCCAUAUUUCUCCCUGGUGACGGGCAAGUACCAUCAAAACCAGCGACAUGGGACCGCUGCAGACUGCGGCGAAGGCGACGACAUGGAAGGAACGUCCAGUACGGCGUUGGUGUCGAAGGCUGGCACCCAACAACUCACAACGUACCGCAGCGAAGCUGGCGAGUUCUUGGCAACACGGGAAUACCGUGGCCUCGAACCGCCGUCGUUCAUCGCACUGGCAUUUCAAAACUUCUCCCUGCCGCCGGGAGAUUUCAUACUGCUUCGACAGCUUGCGCUGGGGACUUUGUCACCUUUGCAGCUUCCUCCAGUUCGCUUGGAUAGCAUGUCGUAUCGCGGGUCGUUCGUGGCCCCGCCACUGUCCACGACAUCUGUCUCGAUCGAGCUGUACACCAACAGCAGCAGCGACGCUGCGACGCCACCGACAGGUCGCAAUGUGGUCAAACCUUGUCGCGGUGAGUUUGAAAUCAUCGGGUACAACACGCAUUUGGAAGGCGGGAAUGGCAAAGAAAGCGUGUGCGGCACGGACGAAUCCAUCGAAGUCGCGUGCUUCAACGACAUCAACCCGAUCCACCGGUUCAUGUACCUCCGGAGCGGGGCCAUUGCUCGUCUCAUCAUUCAGCGCGGCCAAUCGCUCUUUGGUUGUACGGGGUGGUUGAUCGGGACGCAGGGCCACCUGGUCACAAACAACCAUUGCAUCCAAGACGCCGCCGAUGCUGCCAACACCCGCAUCGAAUUCCUCGCGCAAGCCACGUUGUGUCCCGACAUUACGACCAGCAGCGGCAUGUGCGACCGGCAAAUGGCAUGUCCGGGCGAAAUCUAUUCGAACGCGACGAAAGAGUUUGUGACAACCAGUGUCGAUCUCGACUACACGCUCAUCCGCCUCGACCCGAGUGUCGUGGGACGGUAUGGCAUGCUGAAACUGCGGGCAUUCGCGAGCGUUGUCGGUGAGCCCGUCUACUCGGUCACGCACCCCUUGGCAUGGGGCAAGCGGAUGCAAUACAAGAAGAACGGUUCGCUUGCUGCCGUCGUCGCGAUGGGCAAGACAGAGCUCCAGUACAUGCUGGACACGCGAAAGAUGUCGUCGGGGUCUCCCAUCUUGUCCCUGCAGGACCACUCGGUCGUGGCGCUCCACCACGCUGGGUUAGAGAAUUGCCCCAAUUUUGGUGUGCGCAGCGACAUCAUCGUCAAAGACCUGCGCGCCAAGAAGCUCCUUCCCGACAACUCGACAAUUGAUGGAUAA